AUGGCUGCGGCGGACCGGCCCCCGGUCAGGGAAGGGAUCCGGAUAUUACUGUGUGUGUGCUGGUACACAGUCAGCUCGGGGGGCAACAUCGUCAACAAAAUCAUCCUGAAUGGAUUCGUACCGGUCACGGUCUCUCUGUUUCACAUCGUCUCCAUCGUCGUCUUCCUUCCGCCGUUGUUGCGGGCAUGGGGAGUCCCCAAAACGGAGCUGCCGAGCAGGUACUACCGGUGGUCCAUCCUGCCCUUAGCUUUCGGGAAAUACUUCGCAUCCGUGUCUGCUCACUUCAGCAUCUGGAAAGUACCUGUUUCAUACGCGCACACGGUCAAAGCCACGAUGCCGAUAUGGGUUGUGCUGUUAUCAAGAAUAAUCAUGAAGGAGAAGCAAACCACAAAGAUCUACGUGUCGCUCAUCCCCAUCAUUGGUGGAGUGCUGCUGGCUACAGCGACGGAGCUCUCCUUUGAUGUCUCAGGACUCAUCAGCGCUCUGGCUGCCACGCUCUGCUUCUCUCUGCAGAACAUCUUCUCCAAAAAGGUGCUGCGGGACACGAGGGUCCACCACUUGAGGCUGCUCAAUAUCUUGGGCUUCAAUGCCGUUUUCUUCAUGCUGCCCACUUGGGUCCUGGUCGAUCUGUCUGUGUUUCUUGUUAAUGGAGACCUGUCGGAGAUCUCAGGCUGGACAAGCACCUUUGUCCUUUUGCUCAUCAGCGGCUUCUGCAACUUCGCUCAGAAUGUUAUUGCUUUCAGCGUACUCAACCUUGUCAGCCCCCUAAGCUACGCCGUUGCCAAUGCCACCAAGAGGAUCAUGGUCAUUAGCAUCUCCCUGCUAAUGCUGCGCAACCCGGUCUCAUCCACGAACGUCCUUGGUAUGAUGACGGCCAUCGUGGGGGUCUUCCUCUACAACAAGGCCAAGUAUGACGCCAACAAGCAGAAAAAGCUGCUGCCCAGCACCAAGGAGGACCUGAUGUCCUUUGACAACCCGGCGCUGGAGAAGACCCAGGCUAACGGCUCAGUGCCUUUCCCCCACGGCUCGGAGCAGCAGCACAACUGGAACAACGUGCUGACCGACCACUUCCAGUACAGCAGGCAGGCCUACACGACAAACUACAGCAGCAACCACCAGUAUGUGGUGUGAAGGAGGAUUUAGUCCUCGCUCAGGCUCGCUGUCGUAGACAUUGCUGUGUAGCUGCCCUCCCUGCAGCGGGUCCUUUUUUUUACCCCGCACACAAGACUGAAGGCAAGUCCUGUUGGUGGUGGGUAGAAAGAAUGAGAAGAGCCUCUCAUGACAGGCCAGUGACGUGACCUCUCCAACACUCCUCCCUGUCCAAACUUCACUUUCUGGCAUUGUUGAUAUAUUACUUUGGUACAGACAGUAUGGGAGUGUCCAAGAGGGGGAAAAAAAAAAGUCAAAUCACCUGUUUCAGACACUUUGGUGACAGAUUCAGCCAUUUUCUCCGAACACAGAAAAGUGCCACAGCACCGUAAACGGUAGUUCUGAUUAAUUUUCACCUUGCUUUCUGGAAAUGUCCAAGUUUGUUUCCACAACCUAUGAUCACUGUUUUGGUACGUUUGUUACCUUUUUUUUUUUUUUAGGAAGGAUGUCCGCUGUAAUUAUCUAGUGCGAGUGUUACCUUGAACCGAACAAGAGUGAUGUUACAUCGCAUGUAGGCAGCUCAGUGGAAAGGGCCCCAUUUCAGAUCACGACAACUUCAUGAUUAGGAUUGUCAUUUUUCUUCAUAAGGCACCUGUAAUGACGUGAAAGCAAUUAACUUGUAACACUUGUUCUCAGUGAUUACAAUGAUAGACCAAUGAAACUCUUGAGGCAGACGCCACGUAUGGACACUUUUGUGGACAGACGAGCGAUUUAGGGGACAGUCACUUAUAAUCGCCUCAGCUGUGCUCUGUGUUUGGCACUAGUCGGCAUGUGUUAGCAUGCUACACUAACAUGUUGGACAUGGUAAAUAUUAAACAUGAUGAGGAUCAAGCACAUCAGGAUGCCUCACUGGUACAGCUGUUAACUCAACACAAUGAUUGCCCUCGUGAUACUGAGUUGUUCAACAUUACAAAUGCCUGAUGUGGAAAAAUGUCCAGAUUUCAAAAUAAAAGUACAAAAACCAUUAA